AUGAAUAUCAAUCAGAAAUCACAAAAGAAUACUUCUGCCACUCAUACUAAUUCAUUCAAACAUCACAAUGUUCUCCUUCUGUCGACAGUGAAGUCAAAUGAAAAUUUUUCUGAUAAACCAUAUAAAGCUUUAAACACAUUACAUAGUGCUCAAAUCGGUGUUCGUUUACCAAAUAAAAUAUUUAUUCAUGCUGUUGACCAAUUUCUUAAACACUUAGGAAAUGAAACAAAUAAAGAUUAUGCAUAUGGUAAUGAUUCAUCAAAAGAUACAAUCAAUAAUAAUGAUAAGAUUUUGAUUGAACUUUUAUCAACAACUAAAGAAACUUCUCUUGAACGAACAGUAGAAGAUAUUUUCAUUUGUUUUCCGGGAAUAUCACGUACUGGUAAAACUCUUGAACAAAUUGAUUAUACAUAUGGACGAUAUAUAUCAAUAUCACGUAAUGGUAUUGUAUCACAUUGGUCAUUAUCAUUAAAACUUAUAUGA